CAAGUGUGCACCAGAAGCAGGAGAACAAGAGGAGAGGAGCACACUGUCCUGCUCCUGCUUUUUCUUCCAUUCUGCUGUUGCUCUGCCGUGGUCACCUGAACAAGACAAGAGGGGAGUGGAGUGUGUGUGUGUGUGUGUUGUGGGGGUGGGUGGGUCAGGCAGGGAAAGAUGAGAUCAAAGAGCCAGGUGAGGAGGAGACACAGGAGCGUCUGUUUCCUUUUCUCUGUUUCUCUCUGUCUCUCUCUCUCUGUCUCUCUAUCUCUCUCUCUUUCUCUCUCUCUCUCUCUGUCUCUCUCUCUCUCUCUCUCUUUGUCUCUCUCUCUCUCUCUCUCUCUCUCUCUCUCUGUCUCUCUCUCUCUCUCUCUCUCUCUCUCUCUCUCUCUCUCUCUCUCUCUCUCUCUCUCUGACGCGCUCUAGUCUGUGAGUGAGUGUUUGUGUGAGGGAGAGAUCCAGCCAAAUCGGUCCACUUCCCUCAUCCAAGCAGACAGUGAACCUGGAGAGGAAGGAGCAGCCCGUCUCCACACUAACUAUUAAAGACAUAUGGUGGACUGCAUCCUCCGUGUCUUUAGCUUCUCCCCAGCAGGGCUGGCUGUUCUGGAAAAACAAGCUCUGGAAAACGCAGAUGUCACGUUAUGGGACAAAUUAAGAAAUGGCUGUAUAUAUGUGACUGUACAUGAGGACUGUGGCCUAAUUAUAAACACAGGGGUGAAGUGAACCGCUGCCCCAGAUGAGGAUUUCUACUGUGGCAGCCAUAAUAACAUGUUUCUGUGUAUAUGUUCUACAUGAUCUACAAUAACACGACGAGUGUUAAAAUAGUCCAACCCCUCCAACCAGAAACCUCUCAACAUCAUUAAGAAUGCAUCAUUCUGUGGGAGGAGAAAGAUAAAGUGUUGUACCUUCACCUGGAUCGUCAUCGAGUGAGGCCUUCUCCUACCACUCCAGAGAUCCAUUCCAUCCCUUCUCCUACCACUCCAGAGGUCCAUUCCAUCCCUUCUCCUACCACUCCAGAGAUCCAUUCCAUCCCUUCUCCCACUACUCCAGAGAUCCAUUCCAUCCUUUCUCCUACCACUCCAGAGAUCCAUUCCAUCCUUUCUCCUACCACUCCAGAGAUCCAUUCCAUCCCUUCUCCUACCACUCCAGAGAUCCAUUCCAUCCCUUCUCCUACCACUCCAGAGAUCCAUUCCAUCCCUUCUCCUACCACUCCAGAGAUCCAUUCCAUCCCUUCUCCUACCACUCCAGAGAUCCAUUCCAUCCUUUCUCCUACCACUCCAGAGAUCCAUUCCAUCCCUUCUCCUACCACUCCAGAGAUCCAUUCCAUCCCUUCUCCUACCACUCCAGAGAUCCAUUCCAUCCCUUCUCCUACCACUCCAGAGAUCCAUUCCAUCCCUUCUCCUACCACUCCAGAGGUCCAUUCCAUCCCUUCUCCUACCACUCCAGAGGCCUAUCUUAUACACAGUCCAGACUUCCACCAUCUAGUCUGGUUGCCAGGUGCACAACCAGACUUCAUCUCUAGAAUGAUAGUGGGAUUUUGCCCGACCUCCACCUGUCCAGGACCUGUCCAGCUCUACCUGCCCUGAUAGACAGUUCCCCCGCCACCUGAGCCUCUGUUCCUCAUCCCGAGCCCACCCCCCAAACACUCCCAGUCCCCCAGUUCCUCAGCCCCAAUCCACCCCCCAAACCCCCCCAGGUUCCUCAGGUCCAACUCACCCUCCAACCCCCCCACCCCCCACUCCCCUGGUUCCUCAUCCCCAACCCACCCCCCAAAUCCCCCGGUCCCCGGUUCCUCAGCCUCAACCCACCCCCCAAACCCCUCCAGUCCCCCUGUUCCUCAGCAACCAGCCCGAAGCAGGGGAGGAUGGGUGAUGGGCCUGUGAGUCUCCCUGGUCUCACUCCUUCCUUCUCUCUCAUCCUCUCAUGGAGCCUCCUGUUGACAGCUCCACCUCCCCCUGGAACUCUUCCCAGUCCUCUCUCUUCGGACUUCCAGAUCCCUGGCUCCCAGCCUUCCCAGCCUCGCUGCACCCCAAUGGCUCUAAAGUGAGUCUUCCCGUGGGCACCGGCGCCAGCAGAGCCCCCCUGGCCCAGUCCCUGGCCCUGUGUGUGAUGCUUCUCAUGGACCUUUUAGCGGUCGUAGGCAACCUAGCCGUCAUGGCUGUCAUCACCAAGACGCCGCAGCUGAGGAAGUUCGCCUUCGUGUUCCACCUGUGUCUGGUUGAUCUGCUGGCGGCUCUGGUUCUGAUGCCUCUGGGCAUGCUGCCGGACCGGGUUUUGGCGCACGACGAGGCACUGUGCCGGAGCUACCUCUGUCUUAGCGUGGGUCUGGUCAGUGCCGCCAUCUUGUCUAUCUCUGCCAUCAACGUGGAGAGGUACUAUUAUAUUGUCCACCCCAUGCGCCAUGAGGUCAAGAUGACCGUGGGGGUGGUUGUGACGGUGUUGGUCGGGAUCUGGAUCAAAGCUAUUGUCACAUCAGCAAUGCCACUCCUGGGCUGGGUCUUCCAGGGGAGCCAGGGGGUAGGGGUCGAACUCGGAGGGGGACUAGAGGCUCCCAUGAUCCCUGGUCAUCCAAGCCAGAGACGUUGCUCCCUACACUGGACCGGAGGAGGAGGGACCACGCGGUUAAUAUUCAUGCUCUUCUUCACCUUUGUCUACUUCCUGUGUCCAGUGCUGAUCAUCCUUGUGGUGUACUGUAACAUGUUUAAAGUAGCCAGGGUGGCAGCCAUGCAGCAUGGCCCCUUACCUACCGGGAUGGACACACCUGGGCCCCGCCCUCCCCGCUCCGAGUCCCUCAGCAGCCAAUCCACCAUGGCUGCCAGCCUGGGAGGCCCCGGAGGUGGCCCUGGGGGCCCAUGUCCUCCACUCCGCACCCCCAGUCAGAGGACCUUCAACGGGGGUAAAGCUGUGGCAGUCCUGGUGGCGGUUGGAGGCCAGUUCCUAUGCUGCUGGCUGCCUUACUUCUCCUUUCACCUGUACGCCACCCUGGUCUCCACCCCCCCGGCCUCCCUGGCUUCGGACCAGAUGGAGGAAGUCGUGACCUGGAUUGGUUACUUCUGCUUCACCUCCAACCCCUUAUUCUACGGCUGUCUGAACCGGCAGAUCCGCACGGAGCUGGGCCGAAGCCUGGCCUGUAUCUUUAAGCGGGCGGGGCCGGGCAACGGGGAUCAGCUGGCCAGCCGAGAGGCCUCCAUCGAGGAGAACUUCCUCCAGUUCCUCCAGGGGACAGGGUGCAAUCUGGAGCCCUGCGAAUCUCAGGCACACAGCAGGGCUAGCGGGCCAGAGGAGCUGGAGGAGGCGGGGGAGAGGGGCCCUCUUCGAGAUGGACCUUGUCAGGAGAACACGCUGGUCCAGGAACACACACCUGUUGACUUCCACAUCCCUGGACAGAUUAUUGAGGAGACCUCUGAGUUCUUGGAGCAGCAGCAUCUGAAUCUGAACAAUGACAUCAACCUAGCAGACAACUGCUGCAGGGUACACAGAACAUUGCUGGACAGCGCCUGAGCUGUAGCUGACACCGGCCACUCAUGUGUACAGUAGGCCUUUUUUUUUGGGGGGGGGGGGCAGGCCUCAGAGGUGGAAACACUAAAAUCUUAGUCUGUAGAACAAGCACCAGUGUAGAGUCCUAUGGUGGAAACGGCAGAUAGAUGCCAUGUUCUUUAGUAUGUCUGACUAUUCCAUCUGAUCCUGGACUUGAUGGUGUUGUGUCCACAUUUGCUACAGUGUGAUUAUGGGACAUGACGUGUACAUAGCAAGUAGUUACUACUACAACUCUAAUGAUGUAUAGAGUUGCUAUCUUCUUUUGAAGAUUUCAUGUUGUUAUUAUCAGUCUAAAUCUCUAUGUUCAUUCUCCUGUCACUAGAAUCAGGGUUCCUUUACGGGAAGGUUAGGAGGUAUGAUACAGGGAUGGAGGAAAUUCCAUUUAAAUUCAGUAAACUCCAGAAAUAAACAUACAUUUUAAUUCCAAUCAAUCCCCCAUGCUUUUCUAUGAGGUUUAGUUCCUGAAUUGACUGAAUGGAAUUGUAAUUUACCCUAACCCUGGUAUGAUGGCAUUGCUACCCAUUUUCUAUCAAGACCAAAACUCCGUACAUUAAAUAUAUUUACUACCAGUCUA